AUGACCAGUCGACGCGAUUUCUUGAGUCAACCGGCACCCGAGAACUAUGUUGCCGGUCUCGGUCGAGGUGCUACCGGCUUCACGACGCGAUCGGAUUUGGGUCCUGCACGCGAAGGACCAAGCGAAGACCAGAUCAAGGAGGCUGUUGCCAAGCGCGCAGCGCAACUAGGCCUGGGAACUGAUGGCAAGAAGCAAGAUGCGGACGACGACGACGACGAUCGGUUCAAGGACCCUGAUAAUGAGGUCGGCUUGUUUGCCGGCGGUGUAUACGACAAAGACGACGAGGAGGCCGACAGGAUAUGGAAAGAAGUUGAUGAGAAGAUGGCGAAGAGGCGACAAAAACAGCGUGAGGCGCGCGAAAAGGCUGAGAGAGAAGAAUACGAGCGCAAAAACCCCAAGAUCCAACAGCAGUUUGCCGACUUGAAGAGAGCUUUAUCAACAGUUUCCGAUGAGGAGUGGGCAAAUCUACCGGAAGUUGGAGAUUUGACCGGGAAAAACCGUAGAAGCAAGCAGAAUUUACGGCAACGAUUUUACGCUGUUCCUGACAGCGUCCUUGCUGGAGCGAGCGCCUCCGGGGAGCUAGGGACGACUGUUAUGGAAGAUGGCGCAGCUUCGAGCUCAGAGGCGGCGGACGGUACGAUGACGAACUUCGCUAAGAUCGGCGCGGCAAGAGACAAAGUGCUCAAGUCUAGACUGGAGCAAGCUUCUCAAGACGGUGGCGACUCUGUCGCUGGCAGCGCAACGAGUAUCGAUCCUAAGGGCUACAUCACCAGUUUGCAAAAGAGUGGCCUCACUGAGGCCCAGGCGCAAGUCGGCGACAUCAAUCGAGUUCGUGAGCUUCUAACUUCAGUCAUCAAGACCAACCCGAACAAUGCGCCUGGCUGGAUCGCAGCAGCACGGUUGGAGGAGCUUGCUGGCAAGACCGUCGCUGCGCGAAACGUGAUUGCACGUGGAUGCUCUCACUGCCCGAAGAGCGAGGACGUAUGGCUAGAGAACAUCCGACUCAAUGAAGGCCGUAAUGCCAAGAUCAUCGCAGCAGAUGCUAUCAAGAAAAACGAUCGGUCUGUGCGACUCUGGGUUGAGGCCAUGAGGUUAGAGAACGAACCCAGGGCGAAAAAGAGAGUCAUUCGACUCGCCCUGGACCACAUCCCUGAAUCUGAAGCGCUCUGGAAAGAAGCGGUCAAUCUGGAGGAAGAUCCGGAAGAUGCGCGGUUGCUACUUGCCAAGGCAACUGAGCUUAUACCUCUAUCUGUCGAUCUUUGGCUGGCUUUGGCAAGAUUGGAGACUCCUGAGAACGCCCAGAAAGUCCUCAACAGGGCAAGAAAAGCAGUUCCCACGUCACAUGAGAUUUGGAUCGCUGCGGCUCGUUUACAGGAACAGCUAGGCACCGGACUCAAGGUCAACGUUAUGAAGCGUGCCAUCGGUGUUCUCAUUAAAGAGUCUGCUAUGCCGAAGCGAGAAGAAUGGAUUGCAGAAGCCGAGAAGUGUGAAGAGGAGGGUGCCAUCAUCACCUGUGGAAAUAUCAUCCAAGAAACCUUGGGUUACGGCUUAGACGAAGAUGACGACCGCAAAGAAACCUGGAUGGAGGAUGCGAAGAGCAGCAUCAACCGUGGCAUGUACGAAACGGCACGUGCCAUCUACUCUUACGCCUUACGGGUGUUUGUCAACAGCAAAACGCUGUGGAUGGCCGCUGCUGACUUGGAGAGGAACCACGGAACUAAGGAAUCACUUGCUCAGGUCUUGGAGAAGGCCGUCGAGGCCUGCCCCAAGAGUGAAGUUUUGUGGAUGAUGCUGGCCAAGGAGAGGUGGCAAGCCGGAGAGGUCGACAAAGCCAGGCUCGUGCUCGCCAGAGCCUUCAAGUCAAACCCUGACAACGAGGAUAUUUGGCUUGCUGCUGUCAAGCUCGAAGCCGAGAAUGGAGAGACUGAGCGCGCACGUAAACUGCUCGAAGAAGCUCGGGAACAGGCUCCUACGGAUCGUGUGUGGAUGAAGAGCGUGGUAUUUGAGAGAGUACUAGGCAACAGCGAGGCGGCAUUGGACCUUGCCCAGCGAGCCCUGCAAUACUUCCCAGGCACAGCCAAGUUGUGGAUGCUCAAGGGCCAGAUCUAUGAAGACCUUGGAAAGGUUGGCCAAGCACGCGAGGCUUACAGCACAGGAGUCAAGGCGGUUCCUAAGUCGGCACCCCUCUGGCUGCUAUACUCUCGUCUAGAGGAGAACGCCGGACUUGUCGUAAAGGCUCGCAGUGUUCUUGAUCGAGCCCGUCUUGCAGUUCCUAAAUCGCCAGAGUUGUGGUGCGAAUCCGUCCGCAUCGAACGACGUGCAGGCAACAUCAACCAGGCCAAGUCCCUCAUGGCCAAGGCUCUCCAGGAGGUGCCCAAGAGCGGUCUCUUGUGGAGCGAGCAAAUCUGGCACUUGGAGCCACGAACACAGCGGAAGCCCCGGUCGCUGGAGGCCAUCAAAAAAGUGGACAACGAUCCAAUUCUUUUCGUGGCUGUCGCCCGGAUCUUCUGGGGCGAGCGUAAGCUGGAGAAGGCUCAAAACUGGUUUGAGAAAGCGCUGGUGCUGGACAGCGACAACGGCGACACCUGGGCUUGGUAUUACAAGUUCCUGCUCCAGCAUGGUACGGAUGAAAAACGAGCGGACGUUGUUAACAAGUGCAUCCUAAACGAGCCCCGUCAUGGCGAAUACUGGCAAGCCAUUGCCAAGCACCCUAAGAACGCAAGGAAGGGGACGGAGGAGAUUUUGAAACUUGUAGCUGAUAGCAUAGAGAAAUAA